AUGUCCGUGGAUCCGAAAUUCGCAAAUAUGCCAUGGAUCGCCCAUGACGAACCUGAUGUGUAUGAAACGGAUGACUUGCCAGAGGCCGAUCAAAGGAAAUCGGAGUCCAAUGACGUAGAACAGGUUCUACCAAAGGAAAUCGAGCGAAUCUCUAUAUCUGCUAUCAAGGCUCGCCAUCGCUUCGAGCACUGCAAAGUCGAUGCAUCGAAUGUGGAUUUUUCUGACAAGAUUUCUGGUACCGGCAAAGUUGGAUAUGCUGUUGAAAGUCCUGAGUAUGAAUCGAACAUAAAUGGCGAGAAGGAAUCAACGCUUACCGCGCGCUUCCAGCGCUUGCAAGCAGAGGUACGUCAGCUCAUCGACGACGCAGAGGCAGUAAAGAAAGAGGCCGGAUCAGUGGCGACAGAGGGUGAACUCUCCGCUGAGCAGAUCUCUACUCUCGCCACUUCAUUGAUUAGCCAGUUAAACGAACUUCAGUUGGAGGAAAUCUUUGGUUCCGAUUUGGAUUUAACUGAUCUUUGUGUUCACGAUGUCCUUCUGCAGAAGCGCUUAUAUGAGCAAAUAGCAAAUUUCAGACCCAAGCAGUCGCUGCAGAAAGAUGGGGCACCAGGCGAGCGCAUAACUUUCGAGCUUUAUUCCAAACCAUCGGAUAAAACUGACGCUGCUAUUGAAAAGACCCUGGAACUGGAUCGUCGAUUGCAGCGUUUGGAGACGAUUGUUGGGACUCGAGAGAUAACCGCAAUGGGUGCGUGUGGACUCAUGGAGACUGCUGCCCGACUUUCUGAACGCGUCUUGCUAUUGCAGCCCAGUUACUUGGAUCAGAUCGAGGCGAGGAUAUCCACAAUGCAGGCGAAACUUGCAGACAUCACAAAAAAUCCCGAGAAUGCUGCAAUUGCUGAUGCCGACACUCAGAAUAAGAUUGCUGAGCUCUUUGAGAUUGUGAAGAAAUGGAAUUCGUUUUCCGCUGAUCUUCCAUCAAUUGUUGAUCGCCUCAAGGAUCUGCAAACGUUGCAUGCACAGGCCUCGGAGUUCAGUACUUCCCUAGUGAAUAUGGAAGUAGCUCAAAGGAGAAUUGAUGACAGUCUCGCAGCCUAUGGCUCACAGCUUAGAAAUGUUCAAGAAUCCCUUUUAAAUGCCCUGUCAACCUUCAAGGAAAAUACUAUGGCUAUUGAAAAGGCUCUGAAGUCCUUGUAG